AAUAAAAUUUCACUUGAAAUAAAUUGAUGCUGCUAAACAGUGUAGUAGUAGUAUGCAAUCUUUGAAAGAAAACAGAGCAGAGUUGGAAUGAUGUAUUGGCUUAAACGCACCCUUUCCAAGAAUUCCAGAAAUCCAACUACAUCAACACAACCACAACAACAACAUGAACAAGAACAAGAACAACAUGGGAUUACUGAGGAACUCAUAAACCACGUCAAAUCCUUCACCAUUCACACCUUCAAAAAUUUCCCUCUCCAAGAUGAAGAUGAAUCCAAUUAUAGCGAAGAAGUUGAAUCUACUUCAACAAGAGUUCGAAAGGAUCUUUCUCAGUGGCAAGAGAGACAUGCAGUUCUCAUACUCUCAAGAGUUAAGGAAAUAUCACAACUGAGAUAUGUAUUGUGUCCUCGACAUUUGAAGGAGAAUCAAUUCUGGAAAAUAUACUUUACACUUGCCAGGAGCCAUCUUGCCGCAUAUGAGCUACGAGCCAUACAACAGGAGAAGCUGAAACAGAUGGCAAUGGAAGAAGAUAAAUCUUCAGAUAACCACCCGUACGAAAUUGAAAUGUCAGAAGCAAAACAUGUGAACUUUAUAGAGCCAUUGCCACCAUCGUAGUAGAAAAAAACUCACAAUGGUUGGUAGCUUGAAUAUAACAGCAGUCAAUGGCAGUGACAAAGUCCUUAGCUCGAAAAGCAGUAUCUCCAUGUUUCUUCAAAUUCAAGGUCUCUUGCAUUUGACUAGUCCACAAUUGAAAGGAAAGCUGCAGUUUCAACAUUAAUCAAACAUUGGAGUUAGUAACACAAAGCAGAAGGAAAAGUAUGUAAACAAAGUUGAUAUUCCUCUAUUUCAUGUUGUGUAUUCAAGUGUGACAAAAUACCUCAUUGGCAACUCCUUCAUCAUCCUUGUAACCAGUCUUCUCUAAUAUUGCAUGUAUGGCAGUAAGAUCCAAUCUUAAACAUGAUUCACCAAAAGGUGUCAAUGACAAUGGCUUUGUUGAGGAUUC